AUGACGAUUGAUUCAGGUCUGGGUGUAUGUGGCUACAACAGUAUCUACACUCUCCAAGAUCAAAGGCCAACAUGUGCAUGCCCAAAAGGAUACUCUUUACUGGAUCCGAAUGAUCUGUAUGGGAAUUGCAAACCGGAUUUCAUACAAGGCUGUGAAGAAGAUAAGCUGAGUCCCACAAAUGAUAUAUAUGAAGUUCAAAUGCUGACCAAUACGGAUUGGCCAUUGUCAGAUUUUAUGCAGUUAAAUCCUUCUACUCCAGAGAGUUGCAAUCAAUCUUGCUUUGAAGAUUGUUUGUGUGCUGUUGCUAUUUACAGGGUUGAAACCUGUUGGAAAAAGAAGUUACCUCUUUCAAAUGGGAGAGUGGAUAACGGGCUUAAUUCACAGGCCUUCAUCAAAGUCAGGAAGGGGUGUUUUGGAGUUGUUUACAAAGGAAUAUUGCAAAUUGGUUCUGGUGUCCCAGUGGCAGUGAAGAAGCUAAAUUUUGUGGUACAAGAUAGUGAGAAGGAAUUCAAGACGGAACUGAACAUAAUUGGUCAGACACAUCACAAGAAUCUGGUUAGACUUGUUGGAUAUUGUGACGAGGGACAAGAGCGGUUACUAGUAUAUGAGUUCUUGAGCAAUGGCACAUUAGCAAACUUUCUUUUUGCUGAACCAAGUUGGAAGCAAAGGAUUGAUAUUGCUUAUGGAGUUGCUAAAGGACUUCUGUACUUACAUGAAGAGUGCAACACCCAGAUCAUCCAUUGAGACAUUAAGCCUCAGAACAUUCUUCUAGAUGAUUACUACAAUGCUCGGAUAGCUGACUUUGGAUUGGCAAAGCUUUUAAUGAUGAAUCAGAGCCAAACUCAAACUGCCAUAAGAGGAACAAAAGGGUAUGUUGCACCUGAGUGGUUCCUGAACCUGCCAAUCACUACCAAAGUCGAUGUGUACAGCUUUGGUGUGGUGCUGCUAGAGGUCAUUUGCUGCAGGAGAAGCGUUGAUAUGGAAAAUUUUUCCGAAGAGAGAGCCAUUUUAACUGAUUGGUUUAUGACCGCUACCUCGAAGGAGUCUGGGAUACGAUUGUUGACAACGAAAUGGAGGCCUUGCAUGAGAAAACAAAGCUGGAAAGGUUUGUCAUGGUUGCUGUUUGGUGCAUUCAAGAAGACCCUAUUCUUCGACCCACUAUAA